AUGAUUGGUUCUGAGGUCAAUCCCCUUAUGUACCUCUAUUUUGGUUCCGCACCGCGCAAAAUGCGUCGCAUUUUUGGGACCAAGUUGCAGCCUUAUGACUCUGAGCUGCAGAAGGGGAGCCCCCUGGCCAGUGGAAAUGUUAUUACCGCCUUCCGGCACAUUUAUUUGGAGCGUGGAGUUCGCGGACUUUUUGCUGGCGUCGCUCCAAGAGUCGGGCAGGUGUCCAUUGGCGGAGCUAUUUUCCUCGGUCUCUAUGAUAUAACCAAGCGCAUGUGGACCUCCGCUCUGUACUAA